GAUCUUAAAGUCAACACUAUAGUUUGAAGGGAAAUAUGUCGUCGUCAUCGUUGUUUAAUGACACCACGAAUAUUGGUUUUCCGUAUGCGGAACUGGCGGAUAAACGUACACAGGAAUGGCCACUGGUUGAAUCACCUUGGAAUGUGGCAACUUUGUUGGCCCUUUACUUGCUGAUGGUACGCUAUGCACCCAAAUGGAUGGCCAGGCACAAGCCAUUGCAGUUGCGUGUGCCAUUGUUCUUGUACAAUCUGACCAUGGCCCUUAUAAAUGCCCACAUAUGCUUGGAGUUUUUUACGGCAUCGCGUGCAUUGAACUACAGAUUCAGCUGUCAGCCAUGUCGUGAGGACUAUAACCCACAUGAGAUGCGUAUUGCCGCUGCUUUUUGGUGGUUCUACAUCACGAAAGUCUUUGAAUUUGCCGACACAGCGUUUUUCAUUUUACGCCACAAAUGGUCACAAUUGAGUUUCCUGCAUGUCUACCAUCAUAGCACAAUGUUUAUCAUGUGCUGGAUAGUUGUCAAAUGGCUACCAACAGGAUCAAGCUAUGUACCCGGCAUGAUAAAUUCCUUUGUGCACAUCAUAAUGUAUAGCUACUAUGCUUUGAGUACAUUGGGUCCACGUAUUCAACCGUAUUUGUGGUGGAAACGUUAUCUGACUGCAUUGCAAUUGCUGCAAUUUACCAUUGGUUUCUUUUGGGGCUCACACGCGUUGUACCUAAAUUGUGGUUAUACCUUAUGGAUCUUAUAUUUUGGAGGCUUCUAUAUGUCAUCUUUCCUUUUCCUUUUUGGUCGCUUCUAUAUACAGAGUUAUCAGACAUCAACAAGAAAACCGAAUGAACAUAACAAAUAACAUUGACUAUAUAUAAGUAUAUAUAUACAGAUUUCAUUUAAAUGGUCAAUUUAACCUAGUUAGUUAGUAAGGCACUUUUAGUCAUCACAUGUGUUUUUCCUUUUCACAAAAAUUGUUUAUUAUAAAAAAUCAAAUUUUGGCUUACUACAACUUCAACGUAACACUUUCAGUGGUUACAGCAUUAUAUAUAAAAGUAUUAUCAAUUGGCUUAUAUUGUUUGGUUAUUAUCUUGAUCACCUCCUGGGCAGCGCAACCACCUGAAAAUAUUUAGAGAAAUAUUUUAAUUCGAUUGAGAGAUAGAAUGUAAAUAUAUAUAUAUAUAAUUUUUUUUUUUGGGUACGCUUGUAUAUGAAAUGAAUAAACUAGUUGUAUAUACAGAGA